AGAGCUUUCACGAUCAUCAAGUGACGUUUGAAAGCUGCAUUUAGAAAUUGAUUGACCGACCAACCGACCGACCGGUGGACAAGAGGAGCCAAUGACUAUGUUGAAAAAGCAAAAAGAAAGAAAGCAAAGACCACCUCCUUUGAGGAGACAACCGUACAAAGAACAGCAGUUGCCAUCAGAGAUGUUUGAGGACAAAGUUGAUGAGUCGUUCACAAAGAGAGUUGAUAACUUUGCUGAAAGUACAGAGAGGGAGGAACGUGAAUCUUCCGAAAAUGUGGAUUCACCAGAAAACUUUCGUGAGUUAUACGACGAAUCUUCUUCUAGUGACGAACAAGACUCAGAAACAAGCGUAUCGGAGGUUGAAGAUGAGUUCACUGAAUCCGACACUUGGGGUACUGAUAGAAAGAACUAUUAUGGUGCUGAUGGCGAAGACGUAGAAAGCCUAAGUGGAAGCGAAGUAGAGUUGAUUAUGAAAGAAGAGGAGCAAGAAUCACGUCGUUUACAAGAACGACAACUUUCUACUCUGGAUAAAGAAGACUUGGAAGUUUCCCAGUUGAUGGAUAAUAAUAAGGACCAAAUCUUGGAGAAGGAAGGAGCUCUGCGGACUCAAGGAAAGGAUUGGGAGACUCUUACUACUGCGGAUAAGCUACGUAUCAUUGAAAAGGACUCACCAGAGCUUGUAAAACUGUUACAGGACUUUCAAGAGAAGUCGGGAGAAGUCUUUGACAGUUUGGAACCUGUCAUAGAUAAAGCGAAAAACUUUAAAAAUAUGUAUUCAGAUGGAAUGAGUUUGUUGGAGCUAAAAUAUCAUUUGCUUCUUAACUAUUGCAUUAACAUUGCUUUUUUCAUGUUGUUAAAGGCCCAAGGUGUGACAGUCAAAGAUCAUCCUGUGUUGGAUCAACUGAUCGAACUUCGUGUAAUUAUGGAAAAGAUGAAGCCGUUGGAAGAAAAAUUGCAGUAUCAGAUUCAUAAAUUGGUCGAUCUUGCGAGAGGCAAGAAGGAGAAUACGACAACUUAUGAUAAAGAUGAUGAGAAAACUCUGAAACCAAAACCAGCAUCUUUAAUUGCGUUUGAUGAUGAUAGCCAAAGUGAUUAUGAUUAUGAACAGGAUGCAGAUGGGUUAGAAGAUAAAAAACGACUCUAUCGACCUCCACGAAUUUUGCCAACUGUAGACGCCAAGUCAAUGCAUAAGACCCAUGUGCGUCAAUUGGAAGACGAAAAGCUUGAAAAGGUGGAAGAGGAGAAUUGGAAGGACUCUUAUAUGGAACUAGAGGAACUCCCAGAAAGUCUUCAUGGAGGUCUAUUAUCCCAAGACACGGAUAAAUUAACAAAUUUGAUAGAAACAGAAAAAGAAAGACAGAAAUAUGAAGAAGCUAAUUUCACUCGUCUGUUUACUGAAAAGAAGGAACAGAAGUUGCAGCGCAAAAUGCGUUCAAUGGAAAGAGAUUUGAUAGUAGGAUCCGACUUUGGACAAGAAUUUGAUACUUUGAUAUCAAUGGCUGAUCAUUUAGUUUCUUCAAAGCCAACGGACCACAAUCUUAAAGAGGUUUCAUUCAAGAGCCAAGAAGAUUUCGCUUCUUCUGUAGGCUCCGAAAAGGGUGACCAAGACUCCAGUGAGAGUGAUAUUGAAGAUGACUUGACUUGUAGAAGAAGGUCCAAAAUCAUCGAUGGAAACUUUCCAACCUCUAUAGUUUCAGGAGAAAUUCCUAAAGGUUCAAGAAGAAAAGCACAACGAGCCCAGUUAGAGAAUCGAGGUUUGACACCGAAGAGAAAGAAGCUUUUGAAGAAUCCUCGUGUGAAACAAAAGAAACGUUAUGACACGGCACAAAAGAAACGAAGAGGAAUGUCUAGAAAUUUUAUUAGUAUUAGUAACUCUUUGUAUCGUGGAGAAUCUUCGGGUAUUAAUAUUCGUAAAUAGAAAUCCAAUGCAAAUUUGAAAUGGAAGAUGUGGAAAAUCAAAAGUAUACAAGCUUCAAGGAUAUUAUUUAUAAAGGAAAUAUUAGAACAAAAAAGUAGUUUAAUAGGAAUAGCAGUAAAGUUUAUUGGACGGUUAGUUUUGUUAUUCACAAGUCAUAGAGUUGUAUAACUUGCAUACUUGAUAGAGUCAUCUUUUAUGACCCCGCCAAAGACUUUGUUAUUGUAGAAUAUCAAAAAGCUCGUAUAGCGGUAUCUACAGCGUUGACCGAGACCAUAAAGUUGCGUUGUGGACAGUUGCUACAACUUAUUGGUGAGAUAUCUCCAAGUGAUGAGGAAAGCAACAAGUUUUGUCAACAGGUGUGUAUGUGUCUCAA